GCUCUUGUUCGGGCCCGCCGAAAUGGGCGAGCAUAACCUCCUUAAUACCGGGAUUGUGGGACCUUUGGUAAACAUACACACCGGAGACACCUUUUACCUCCCAAACUUUCGUGCUUCUGGGGGACAACUGGCGGGUCUACCUUCCCUCCCUUACCCAAGAAGGGACAAUGUUUGUUCCCUACCUUGGAGUCAGUCGGAGCAAUGCAACGGAUACACUCAGUCCUUCUUUAGCAACCCCGUCACCCUGAACCCCGCAUUUAACCGAGCAUGUGAGAUUACACGGCAAGAGGAGAACAAAUGCUUUUACAGCUGUGGUGGCUGCACAGUCAAUGGUGUAAGUAAUAACCGCGAAAACUUCGCCGACAAUGCAAACCUUAAACGUGGUGAAAGAGCGGGAGAUGAAUCGUCGGUGUCCAUAACGGCAGAGCACGGACUGCACAAUUCGAACAUGAUGGGCGGAGAUAGGAUAUACUCUAAAUAUGAGUACGGACCCACUGUAGAGAAUCUGACGCAAGACCCGCCAUCCUGUAACUCCCUGGAAUCGGACUCUGGUUCGUCACAAAACGAAGGGGGCAAAGCCCCAGGCAUCCUCACGCAUACAAUAUCAUCCGUUGGCCCACCCGCAAACGGAACAGCACCGGGAGAUGCGACGUGGUACCCUGUGCAUACAAGGACCCGCAAGAAGCGCAAACCGUACUCCAAACUACAGCUGGCCGAACUAGAGAGUGAAUUUAUGCUCAACGAAUUCAUCACCCGUCAGCGACGAAGGGAGCUUUCGGACCGGCUCAGUCUAUCGGACCAGCAAGUGAAAAUAUGGUUCCAGAACCGUCGCAUGAAGAAGAAAAGACUGUUGCUAAGAGAACAGGCUCUGUCCUUCUUUUAAGGGGAGCAAAAUCAAUUGUAAAUUUCAGGACAGAGAAAAAUAUGCUCAUACAGAAGUUCCCAAUAUAGGUUAACAAGAAUGAUAUAAAGAUUUUGAUUUCAACACCAACAAACGUAUCAAUACACAUCUCUUGACACGAGUCUACCCUUAGUUUAAUAGAACGCCACCAAAUAGAAAUCGUUAAAAAUACACUAAAAUAUUGGUGACUGGCUUUAAUGGUACUGCAUAGUAACAUAUUAACCAUUGAAAGAGUUCUUGAAAUGAACACGCAUCGCAUGAAAUUUUCCAAACAGGAAAAUCGUUAUUUGAGGUCUGUUAUAGAAAUCAAGCAAAAAUAGUGUACACUGGUAUAGCAUGUCCAGCAUAUAUGCCUAAAUAUCUAAAUACAAAGGCAGGGCACAAAAGGGAUAUAAAAGAGACUAGGUCGGUAUGCAUGAUUAAAAAAGACACCUGAAAGCAACUUUCUAAGUCCCCAUUGGUCUUCUGUAUCGAAAACAGACAGGUGACAUUUCUAACUGAACCCAUGAUCAACGAUCUGAUUCCCUAAACCAAACAAUAAUAUAAAUUGUUUCUCGUUCACGUGAUUACGCUUGGUUUAAGUAAACUUUGUCUCCCACAUGCGCGUCACUGGGGGCGUUCAGAGUCAACAAAUGUAUAAUUGGAUAGUGAACGUUGUAGGAGAGUGGGUAACUGGGUGAUAGUUAGUGCUGCUAUUUUUGGACGCAAAGUUGAUCAGCAGAACGUGGGAGUGUAGAACUAUUGUUCAGUUCUGAAUAAUAUUUACAACAAGUGUAUAUUUACUGCAAUAAUACUCGACAGUAUGUGGAAUGUUUGCAUACACACCUUCCGGUACUUUCACACAACCCAUAUACAUUUUAUUCCCAUGAAUAUUUGAAAAAGCUUGGUAUAUUAAAUAACGUUUAUAUUAAAUAAAGAGAUUUUGUUAGUGCUAAGUUACAUCUAGGCUACGUCUACGCAAAUCAUAUGACUAAAUAAUCUAUAUUUUCUCAAAAAGCAGUCCUUUACUGUAGUAUUUCACAAGAGAAUGUAUUUACUUUAUCCCAGCCUAUAUGUCUAUUAAAUACGCCUGGGAUUUAAGAGUUAUCUAUUGACCAUAUAAUGGAUUUGAAUGAUACAUUUGAAUGCGUUUGCCUGUUUUACUAAAAACCAAAACAUAUCCAAGAAACGUUGUUAAUCCCUAUUGCCCUUACGUAAAGUCAUGACGAGUAGCGAGAUCAGGGGUACCACUAGGGAUUUCGAGCCUCAUGGAAAGAUAUUGGCCCCAAUAAAAAAAAGUAACUAAUAUUCCAAUAAUGUUUUAAGGAUCCAUUCACAAGCCCUUAGAAUGGUCCUAACUAUUCCCCCACAUGGCGCCUUUGAGUAGGCUUAAUUAAUUAAAUUACUUGCGAGACGAUAAAUAAAUAAAUAAAUAAAUAAAUAAACAAGGCGCCAGUGAUGUGAAAAACAUCUCUCUGCAUUUGCAUAGCGAUUGUUUUAUGCAUUUGAACAUUCGUAUUCUGUAGAGGGAAUUAGAUUUAACGGGCGAACUUAACUAUUAUUCGAAAAGUAGUAGAGCUUGUUCUGGUGCAGUAUUUGCAUGCAAUAGAGGUCUAUUUAAAUGACUCUGCUGCUCCUCGUACUAUUCUUCUCAUUUUUCGCAAAACAUAAUGUUUGUUUGAGUUAUGUGUGAAAAUAGAAAACUGUGAUACUAGUCUUGGAAUGAAUAACGCAGCAGCCUGUUUUGCUCUUGUUUGUUUAGCUGCUCACUUCUGGGUUGCUACGUUUGCUUGUCAAAUUAAUAUAACUUUCUGUACAAGUGUACGUGCCCGAUUCACGUCUAUUAAAAUCUGUGAAUGCUUC